AUGGGCCAAAUAUUAGAAUUAAUAUGUAUGCAAGGUAGCGUCGAUGAAUUUUCAGAAGUUCUUUAUUUAACUUUGACUUAUGUUACUUUGUGUCUUAAACUCUGGAACUUUUUAAUUCAUCAAGAAGAAAUGCAAGAGAUACUAGAUGAUUUGAAAUCUUUUCACUGUGAACCAAAAUCGACAGAAGAAGAAGAUAAUUGUGUUGAACAUCAUAUGUUGAUCAUAAAGUUGAUAAGAAAAAUAAAAGCAUUCUUCUCACAAGUUAUUUUCUUUUUCUUUUUGAGUAGUUUGAUCACAUUAGCAUCCAGUAUUUAUCAACUAUCGAAGCUUAAGUUAGCCAGUUUUGAGUUUUUUUCCAUUUUCUUUUACUUCAUCUGUAUACUUACUCAAGUAUUUUUAUAUUGCUGGUUUGGUAAUGAAUUAGGAUAUGAGAGUAGAGCUAUCACUGAAACUUACUACAUGGGAAAUUGGCUGGAUUUAUCUAAUAAAGACCGUCGACACAUCUGGUUUUUGAACUCAGUGUCUCGAAAUAGCAAAAAUAUUUCAUUUCACGGAUUGUGUGCUUUAUCUAUGGAGACAUUUUUAUGGAUUGUUAAAACUUCUUACGCCGCCUUCAAUUUACUACAACGCUUCUGUGAAUAUCUGAGAGAAAAAAUGGAUAUUAUACCAGCUAAUUUUCGUUUACUCCAAUUUUGUGGGAUUUGGACCGAAACCGAUUCUGAUAAAAACAUUUUGAAAUCUAUUUGGGGAUUUUCAUUAAUUACGGUUAUAUUCUACUUUACUAUUGUUCAAAUUAUUAAACUUUACUUUUUUCUGGAAGAUCUUGAGGAACUUAUCGAUGUCAUGUUUUUGACUGUUACCUACAUUUUAUUGUGUUUAAAAAUUUUAAAUUUCAUCAUGCGACGUCAAAGUGUAUUACAUCUUUUAAAAAUGUUUCGACAUGAUAUGUAUAAAGCAUGUUCGCCUGAAGAGGAAAAAAUAUUGAAAAUGUAUUCAAAAAGUGCAUACAACAUGUUUAGGAUCAUAUUAAUAUUGUCUCAAAGCACUGGAGUAUUUUUUUGUCUACUACCUUUUGUAACUCUUGACCCUGAGAAUUUUGAGUUACCUUUUAAAACUUAUCAAUUCUACGACGAUGAAACAACACUGGGAUUUUCUGUAACAUAUGUCAUCCAGCUCGUAGCUUUGAUUUUUGGAAUUUUCAUCAACGUUUCAAUGGAUACCAUGAUUUAUGGUUUUAUUUUACUAACCUCUGGCCAGUAUGAGCUUGUAAGUUACAGAUUUCAAGAAUCAAUUUCAAAAAACGACGAGUUUUUAUUAAAACAAACAAUAACUCAUUAUGGAAUGGUGAAAAAAACUGUUAAACGUAUUCAGACGGCUUUUAUGAUUGUUAUUGCUCCGCUUUUCUUUUUGAGUUCUCUUACUUUGUGCGCUAGUAUAUUCCAAUUAUCACAAAACGAUGUUUUUACCUUGGAGUUCUUAGGAUUCACCAUGUAUUUAUCAUGUAUGCUUUGUCAAGUAUUUCUUUAUUGUAAAUACGGAGAAGAAUUGAAGUCGAACGAAUUGGAAUUCAAAAAUAAUAUUUAUAAAAGUAAUUGGACUUCAUUACAAGUAAACCAGCAAAAAUUAUUAACGAUGAUGUUAAUAUUAGCAAACAACGUUGAAGCUAUAUCUUGGAAAGGGCAAUUUACGUUAUCUUUAGAUACUUUUGUUUGGCUAAUGAAGACUUCAUAUACAGCUUUCAACUUGAUCCACAAAACUUCGGGUUAA